UCUUUUAGGAAAUUCUACUACAUCACCCUCUUAAGGGACCCAGUGUCUCGGUACCUCAGCGAAUGGAGACACGUCCAGAGGGGCGCGACGUGGAAGACCUCAUUACACAUGUGUGACGGACGAACCCCUACGCCGGAGGAACUACCAGCCUGCUACGAGGGUUCUGAUUGGUCAGGAUGUACCUUGCAGCAGUUCAUGGACUGUCCUUAUAACCUGGCCAAUAACAGACAGGUUCGUAUGCUAGCGGACCUGAGCCUGGUAGGCUGCUACAACAUGUCUACAGUCCCAGAGCAGAGGCGUUCUCAGCUGUUAUUAGACUCCGCUAAGAAGAACCUGAGGGACAUGGCCUUCUUCGGCCUGACAGAGUACCAGAGGAAAACCCAGUUCCUGUUUGAACGUACCUUCAGACUGAGGUUCAUACGACCCUUUAUGCAAUACAACAGCACCAGAGCGGCCGGAGUGGAUUUGGACAACACUACGGUGCAGCGCAUCGAGGAGCUGAAUGAGCUGGACAUGAGGCUGUAUGAUUACGCCAGAGACCUGUUCCAGCAGAGAUACCAGUACACCAGGCAGCAGGAACGACGGCUGCAACGACUCAGGACCCACAACCAGAACCACAACGGUCAGGGGCUAGGGGUCGAGGGUCAGGGCCUGGGAGUGGGCCUGUGGCCUUCUAGAUCCAAACUAACCCCUGGACCAGGAGAGGGAGAAGUGGAGGACCCAGAGGAUGGGGAGGUGGGAGGGAGGUUACCGACGGAAGACUACAUGAACCAGAUAAUUAAGCGUUGGUAACGCACACACACUCAUCGGAGGUUAGAGGUCAGGGGUGAAAUAGGGUAGUUAUGGAGACUGAAGUAGAGGAAUGGAUUGAAUGUCGCUGAUAACCGACUUUCAUCGUUCCCUCUCUCUCGCUCUCCCUUGCCUCCUCUCUCUCUCUGGUACCCCACGUAAAGUGCGCGGUGAAAAAACGAUAGUGGUGAAACUCCCAGAAAUCCCUUGAAAAGGACCUCUUUACUUCCUGGAUGUAUAGCUCCAAUCAGAGAGCAGAGCUUUGAACUAUUGGACAGAAAGUUUUCCUUUGGCUGAGCUGAACCAAGAAAAUGAAAAUGUAACAUUUACAGAAAAAAGUCUACGUAAAGCAAGAGUUGGACUAUGAAUAAAAAGCUUUUCGCUUGGAAAUCAGCCACCAUUUCAGACAUGAAAAUUGGGGCGGCAGGUAGACUAGUGGUUAGAGUGUGUUGGGACUAGUGACCAAUUGGUUGCGAGAUCGAAUCCCUGAGCUGACAAGGUCAAAUUCUGUCGUUCUGCCCCUGAACAAGGCAGCUAACCCACUGUUCCUAGGCCGUCAUUGAAAAUAACAAUUUGUUCUUAACUGACUUGCCUAGUUAAAUAAAUGAACAUGUGUCUUAAUGGCGCAAUUCUCAUUUUAGAACUACUAUGUUUAUUAUUAUAUCGUUUUUAUGUGUUUUUUUUAAAGCAGCAUUGUGAUGACACUGAGACCAAUGUUACUGCCUAAAGAAACAAGUGAUUAUUUUAUUUGUAUGUUUUUUAAAGGAAAUGUAACCGAUAGAUGGACGUACCAUGGACCAUAGCCAUUAUUUUAAAAUGAUGGGGACGUUAUGCAUAUAUGUGUGUAGACAACUGGGUAGAAAUCCAUCCAAAUUACAUCCUAUGCCCUUUGUGGGACACUACUUCCAUUCCAACACCCUAUUAUUCCUUAUGUAGUGUGCUACUUCUGGUGCCCCUAUUCCCUAUAUAGUGCACUACUUUUCAUCAGAUCCCUAUGUGGCCCUAUAAGGAAUAGGGUGUGGUUUGAGACGUGGCCAUGGAUGUGAUGAAUGUUAGAGCUGAUCUGAUGCAGUGUAAAUGGAACUGAGCCCAACCCUACUUCUGACUGGUAGUUAGUGCCUCUCAGGACAGACAUGAUGACUAUUAGACCUACCUGAUAUUUCAGGCUCACACCACUUUGACUACUUUUCCACGGUGUUUCUGUGUGUGUCUCUCUGUGUGCACAUGCACAUGUAAAUAGUGUAAAUAGUGUGUAUGCGUUUGUAAAUAUCCUGUGUGAUUGUGUGUGAGAUAGAGAGAAUUGCAGGAGCUCUGCUGUGUGAUUGAUUUGCUAUAUGAUCAAUCUCUUACCAUAGUGUUAGAGGCCUGAAGGGGAGCCCUUUUCAUGUAUUCUUAACAUGGAGGGAGAGACACACUCACACAGAGACGAAUGCUUGAGGUAGAUGUUUCCCUUAACUGUAGGUCACCUUGAUAUCUGCCUCUGUGUCACUCCCACUCCCAUGUCCAAAAUAACACACACACACACACCAUUAUGUCAACUACAGCACUACUCAGCGAUGGUAACGCUUUUGGAGUCCCUCAAACUCAAAUUAUACCAGGCCAUACUGCUAUAAACUUUCUUUACAAUCUUAUCGCUUACACUAGUGUCUUAAAUAUUUCCGUUGAAUGAAAUUGAAUAUUUCCCAUCACAAACGUUUACUUCCUGUGUGUCUCAACUCGUUUUUUGAAUGUUCUGCCGAUGGUGUCCCGUUCCCACUAUCAGCGUCAUUCAGGAAAUGAUCUUAUGAUUGCAAUAACGGAUCAUCAAAACCACUAAUUAAAAUAUUCCAUUUUUGAAAAACUG